AUGCUACAACUUCUACUUCUCCUCUUUACGGCCUCUGACUCCUCCGCCGCAUCAGCAGCAAUUUCAGGAAACUGCUCCAGCAUCAUUCAUCUCACCAGAGAAUAUGCCUUCUACGACCCCCUCAUUUCCCGCGCAAUCAACAACACCUUCCCCACUGCCACCUCCGACCAACCCACCACCGUCACCAUCGGCCCCUCCUUCUUCGAGUCCUUCCAGAUCUUCCCCAACACACGUUAUAUCCAAGGCUUCAACCAAGGCAAGAACGGUACCGCCACCAUCACCAGCCUCCUGCAUCAAGCUGACCUAGCCUGCUAUGCCAUCGGCUCCAACUUGCACCUGUGGGAGCCGGGCAACGAGAAUGAUCUUGCUCCUGGAUCGUAUUGGCCCGCGAACUGGACCUUGGCGGACUAUAUGGCCGAGUGGAGGGAGAAGACGGCGUCGGUGGUGAAACAGUUACAGGAAUCAUGUCCGGGCGUGGAGACGAGGUUUUUGGGGCCGUCGUUUGCGUGGGUUCAUUAUGCGGUGUCAGGAUUGGAGCCGGUGGAGGCGUUUGAGAUGGAAUCGCCCAGCACGCUUCAAGGAACACUCAUGAACCACAGCUCCAUCGUAUCCAGCAUCUCCAAGCACGUCAAUUUUUCACAGAUCCUGACAAACCUAGACCUCCCCUUCAUCCUCGGCAAGUCCAACAGCAUCUCUGGCCAAGGCUCUAAUGGGCUCACAAACUUCUUCGACUCCGCCCUCUGGCCACUCGACUACGACCUCUGGUGCACCUCGCAGAAUAUAAAACGCAUCCACCACCACCAAGGCCUAAACUACCGCUACGCCUCCUGGCAGCCGAUCGCUAGCCAUGGCAUCCCACCUACCACUCGCCCACCUUACUACGCAAAUAUUAUGGUGGCCAGAAUACUCGAUCGCGCACGUGAUACCGAGCUGCUCAAUAUCCCGCGCGAAAGCGACACAGAGGCAGUGUACGCCAUCUACGACAACUCUGUGAUCGCAAGGCUCGUGGUUAUUGAUUUGGAGGAGUAUAAAGCGGCGGAAUUGUAUGAGCGGCCGAGUAGGGUGUAUAGUUUCUGCGUGCCUGAGGGGUGCAGGGGGGCAAAAGUGGAGAGGUUAGAUGCGGAGGGGAGUAAUGCGACGGAGGGGGUGAGUGUGGGCGAGGUGGUGUAUGAUUAUGCAUUGGCGGAAGGGAGGCCAGUGGUGAGGAAUGAGAUGGGGGCGAGCAUGCAGAUGCAGGGUGGUGUGCUGACCGUGGAGGUUUGGGUAUCGCAGGCAGUUCUGGUCAGCUUGUUCUGA